AAACAGGAAGCUGAUUUUAUUUCCUUCACCGCUGUCUUACAAAAGAUUUGGAAGAGAGUAAACUACAAUACAGAGGAACAAUGAGCACCAAACAUCAUCUUACAGUUUUAUUCUUCUGUGGCUUUAAUCUGCUCGCUGUUUCUGCACAGAUAUGUGGAAGUAAUCUGGUGGAAGGGCAAUCCUGCAUCAUUAAACUGGAGAAGAAAAGUGGUGAAACGAUUAAUACGUUAGAAUGGAUCUUUACCAGCUCCAUUGAUACUAAAACACAUAAAGCUCAGCAGAAAGGUGUGAAGACUAUAAACAACAUUCCUGAUGCAACUAUUCAAUCUGACGGAUUAAAACUUCAAAAUGUUAAAUUGAACAACACUGGCAAAUAUAGAUAUGAAAUUUAUGAUGACAAAGGUAAAAAAACUGCAGGUAUUGAAAAGGAGAUUACAGUUUACGCAAAGGUCACUAAACCCAAUGUGAAGUCUACAUGCGUCAAUGGUACAGCUACACUCACCUGUGACAUUAAGAUAAAUGACAAAAGAGGUUUAACUAUAACCUGGAUUCAAGAAAAACCAGAAAAAAAAGAAAUGAAGGGUGAAAGUAAUCUAAUCCGGACUUCAAAACAAAUAGAAGAAAACGCAGAUUAUUCAUGUCGUGCACAAAAUCCUGUUAGCAAGGAACAAAGUGAUGUUAAAACAAUAUCAUUUUCUGCACAGAUAUGUGAGACGAAUCUGCUGGAAGGGAAUUCCUGCAUCAUUAAACUGGAAAGGAAAAAUGGUGAAAUGAUUAAUAGGUUAGAAUGGAUCUUUAUCAGCUCCAUUGAUACUAAAACAUAUAAAGCUCAGUGGAGAAAUGGAAGGACUGUAAACAACAUUCCUGAUGCAACUAUUCAAUCUGACGGAUCAUUAAGACUUCAAAAUGUUAAAUUGAACAACACUGGCAAAUACAGAUAUGAAAUAUAUGAUAGCCAAGGUAAAAAUACUGCAGGUAUUGAAAAGGAGCUUACAGUUCACGCAAAGGCCACUAAACCCAACGUGAAGCUUACAUGCGACGGUGAAACUGCUACACUCACCUGUGACAUUCAAAUGAAAGACAAAAGAGAUUUAACCUGGGUUCAAGACAUGAAGGGUGAAAAUAAAGUAAAUCUAACCCUCACAUCAAAACAAAUAGAAGAAAAUGCAGAGUAUUCGUGUCGUGUACAAAAUCCUGUUAGCAAUGAACAAAGUGAUGUUAAAACAGUAUCAUUUUCUGCACAGAUAUGUGAGACGAAUCUGCUGGAAGGGAAUUCCUGCAUCCUUAAUCUGGAAAAGAAAAGUGUUGAAAUGAUUAGUAAGAUAGAAUGGAUCUUUAUCAGCUCCAUUGAUACUAAAACAUAUAAAGCUCAGCAGAAAGGUGGGAAGACUAUAAACAACAUUCCUGAUGCAACUAUUCAAUUUGACGGAUCAUUAAAACUACAGAAUGUUAAAUUGAACAACACUGGCAAAUAUAGAUAUGAAAUAUAUGAUGGCGAAGGUAAAAAAACUGCAGGUAUUGAAAAGGAGAUUACAGUUUACGCAAAGGCCACUAAACCCAACGUGAAGCUUACAUGCGACGGUGAAACUGCUACACUCACCUGUGACAUUCAAAUGAAAGACAAAAGAGAUUUAAUUAUAACCUGGAUUCAAGGAAAACAAGACAUGAAGGGUGAAAAUAAACAAAAUCUAACCCUCACAUCAAAACAAAUAGAAGAAAACACAGAUUAUUCAUGUCGUGUACAAAAUCCUGUUAGCAAUGAACAAAGUGAUGUUAAAACAAUAUCAUGUUGAGGUGAUUUUAAUUCAGCCUAGACUCUUUGGCACUGACUUCUGGCUAAUGGUGGGCAUUCUGGCGGGUGAAGGAGCCAUACUCGCUCUUUAUUAAAACACCAGAUCAUUUAAAUAAAGUUAUAUAAAUUGCUCAAUGUGAGAAUGAUUCAUAUCCUGAUUAACUGCUACUCUUAAACAGACAGAACAAUCGGCAUCAAGAACAACAAACAAUCAUGAACAGGUGAUGUAAUGAUCUGUAACAAACGGGGGCAGGAUGAGCGCAGAUCCACAUGCAGCUUUAUUUUCAAAUUUAACAUAAUGAACAAACAAACACUGACAAACUAAGAUGAGCACACAAUGAGAACCAAUGACAAAGCAGAACAAAUAAAUCACUAUGGAAACAAAUGAAGAGAUGGGUGUGGUUACAAUGAAUUACCAUCACAACAAACAAGUGAACAGAACAGCAGGGAAACGAUAGGGAACAUGGCAGCAGCAGAACAAAAAACUAAACUUCAAAAUAAGAGCACAGGACAAGACAGAGGAAACACAGACAGGAUCAUCAAGAUAAAGGACACAAAAGUGUUAGAAGAAAUAACUUCAUGUGACUUGCACACGCUUGCUUUGAGUUUACUGAUGUAAAUAAACACCCGAUUUCAUGA